AUGGGCGAACCAACGCGUGACGAACCAACGCGCUCCUUACGGAGCAACACGUUGCUUUCUGAUGAGCCCACCGCGCAGAAGUUGUUCAAUACCAUUCGCAAGAGUAUUCUGGACACAAACCACUCCAUCGACUUAACCUUUCAAAACAUCGCCCCAACAUCAGGGUCCUUGAUAGUAGCUUCCCUUGCUGAAGACCCAGACAUAGAGCGCUCACUUCCUAGACUUUCUUACAAUUCCGUGACCCGGGUAUUAACUGCCCGAAUAAUGCCGACUCACGUCCAUGAUUGCCAUCAAGAAUGGCUUUGCUUUGAGCUCGGCCAAAUGCGCAUGGCCGGCUUUCUGUCUCCUGCAGAGGCAAGGUUGAUCAAGUUUCGCGUUGGCACAAGUGGGAGACCUCACGUUCAGCUUGUAUUUCUCAUCAAAUGGGCAAAGCUAUCGGGGGGAAGAAUCAAGGGUGACAUAGAGAUUCAUGGAAGAGAUAUGUCGGGAAAUGCUAUUUUGCUACAAACUGAGCCUAUAUUUCCUAUACCGUCUGGUAACCCCAGACAAGUUAUCCAGAUUACCCGAGCCCAAGUAUUUGGUACCGCCAUACUUACCGGAAGAAACCCUAGCGAUACAUAUCUCCUCCAAGUUGAGGAACUGCGUCAAAAAGGGCAGGAUGCAAUAAGACAAAUGGGUUUUGUGCCGGCGUAG